AUGGAGAAGUCACAGGAUUUCAAGUCGCUCCAGGAUAGCAUCCAGAAGUCACUUGUCUCUACAAUCAAGACUGUAAACCGUAUCGCUGCCGAAGACUUGAGCUUCCAGCGUACAGUCAAUCCUAAUGUGGGCCAACAACUUGACGAUCGAACUUCACGGAUUCUCGAAUUAUCCACACGACUGUUGCAAUCGACCGGAAAGGCAUGUGGUGUCAAGGCGCCUAAGCUUGAGGAUGUAGAAGAUAUCGAGAUGAAGUGGAGAGGGGUGGUCGAUAUCGUUGAUUCUUCACUCGAAAAGGCCGACACAGCGCUGGAUGAGUACACAGGACUUGUCAAGAGAAAGGAGCCCCCUGCUUCGGAUUCUAACAAGACCAAGAAACCCAAAUCGACGAACAAGGUCAUUCGAAACGCCAACAUGUCCAAGCCUCAACUUCAGUUUGAGCGAAAGCCCGACAACUUUGCUCCACCGCCUUGGAAGCCGAUGCUUACAUCCAAGCCAAACGCCAAGGUUUCUUUAGAAGAGAGCCUCAAUAUCGUGCCUGACGAAACCGGGACGCCGCAAUAUCAACAUCCUUACGAGCACGAGAUUGUCCGCAUGGCAUACCCCAAACGAGUUUUUAAACAAGCCGAGCCCAUCAUGUAUCAGCCUGUUGACACGACCGAAGCAACUUUCGUUGAUACAUAUGAAGGCGUUCUCGAAAUGCUGAAAGAGCUGAAGAAGGCGAAGGAGAUUGCGGUAGACCUGGAACAUCAUGACUUCAGAUCCUAUGUCGGACUUGUGUCUCUGAUGCAGGUCAGCACACGUGAGAAAGAUUGGAUUGUCGAUACUCUGCAACCCUGGCGCCAUAAACUCGAAGUUCUCAACCAAGUUUUCACUGACCCCAAGAUCGUCAAGGUUUUCCACGGUGCGUAUAUGGACAUGGUAUGGCUGCAGCGAGAUUUGGGACUUUACGUGAACGGUCUCUUUGAUACCUUUUUCGCUUGUGAGCAACUUAACUAUCCUGCCAAGAGUCUUGCGUACCUACUGUCCAAGUUUGUCGACUUUGACGCGGACAAACAAUAUCAGUUGGCAGAUUGGAGAAUAAGGCCGUUGCCCAAGGAGAUGCUGUACUAUGCUCGGUCUGAUACCCACUACCUACUUUACAUUUACGAUCGCGUGCGAAACGAGCUUAUUGCAGCCUCAGACAAAUCUGAUGCCGACAAAGAUUUCAUUGGUCGCGCCCUUGAAAGAUCAAGAGAGCAGUCUCUAUCUCGCUACGAACAGCCCGGCUACGACGAGGAGACCGGUGAAGGUUCUCGCGGUUGGUACUCAUACGUUUUCAAGAACUCUCAUAUGGCCUUCGAUAGCGAGCAAUUCUCUGUCUUCAGAGCCUUGUGGAAAUGGAGAGAUAACACAGCCAGGAAGGAGGACGAGAGCACCAACUUCGUUCUCAGUACCAGGGACAUUGCGGAAAUUUCUCGCAUCAACCCACCGGACGCAAAAGCCCUCCACAGCUUGCUGCCUCUUAAUGCAUCGCUAGCCAGGCCGCGCUUCAACGAGAUCUGGGGGUACAUCAAGGAGUCCAAGGCCAAGGGGGGCCGAAGUUUGCUUCACUUUUUUACUUCGAUGGCACCAGACAGUCUUAUGAGGAAUGGCGUCCCUAUUGCGGCCAGGAAGACAACAAAGUUACCAGACCUUGAUGGAGAGGUCACAGUCAGUAGGCUGACUCGAUCGCAGUUAUUUGGAGAUAUGCCGAUUAGUACUCAGUGGGAUGUUUCGACGCGACGUUCCGAAGCUGAGGAGGAUCUUAUUCCGUUCCCCUGGCAGAAGUUCGUUGAACAGGGCACGAUUGAGGGAGACGUUCAACACAAUACCGUCACCGACCCGGCUGUGGUCCCUGAACAACCCAAUCAUGUGGAGAAUGCAGGGGGCAGUGCUCAAGUUGAAGAGGAAGAUGAGGAAUUUACUCUAAAGAGAGGACAGAAACGAAAGUCGGAUGCGGUGGAGGAAUCUGAUUCUAGUGAGGAAGGAUCCGAAUCCUCAGAUUCAGACAGUGACGAGGAGAUGCAAGAUGAUGAUGGAGUCAUUGCUAUCGAGGAUGAGUCUGGUAAAGCAGAAUCCAGAACUGCCCGUCGCAAGCAGCGUAAGGCAGAGGAGAAGAAGGCUAAGGAAGAACAACUCCGACGGCAAGAGGCCAAGAAGGCCCGCAAAGCCCAGAAGAAACAGAGAAAGGAGGAUGAUAAGGUCAAGAAAUUUGAUGCAGUGCCUUUUGAUUAUAGCAAGGCCACAUCAGUGGUCAAUACGAAGAGGGAACCAAACGCUGAUGUCAAGGGCAAGAAGAGGGUGUUUGACCCCUAUUCCAAGUCUGCAGACACGGACAUCAAGGGAGCUCGCAAAGCACCUCCAGUGAGAGGUGAGCGAAGCGCGACAUUCAAGAAAUAA